AUGGUCGACAUGGAGACCCAGUACCAUCCCCCUUCUCCCCUGGAGGGCUCGAUGCUGGGCAGCCCCCUGUGUGCUGAUGACGAUUUCAUGGGUAGCAUGGAGGAGCUCCAGGACAUCUCCCAGUCCAUCAGCGAUGAUGCUCUUAGCUCCUUUGAUGUCCCAAAAUACCAAUCGUCCAGCAAUGGCUCCGAUGGUUCUACUGUCUUUGAUGCGCUUACGCCAGCAUCCAGUCCAUCAUCGGUUGUUUACGGGGUGGCACCUAGCCAGGAGGAAUUGUCAUCUUCGUCCACAUCGUUGAAUCUGGAGUGUCGAGUGUGUGCUGACCGUGCCUCAGGCUACCACUACGGAGUCCAUGCCUGCGAGGGCUGCAAGGGUUUUUUUCGGCGGACCAUCCGUCUGAAGCUGGAGUACGACAAGUGUGAGCGUCGCUGCAAAAUCCAAAAAAAGAACCGCAACAAGUGCCAAUACUGCCGCUUCCAGAAGUGCCUGUCAGUGGGCAUGUCCCACAAUGCCAUCCGGUUUGGUCGGAUGCCCCAGUCAGAGAAGCUAAAACUGAAGGCGGAGAUGGUGACGGUGGACAGGGAGGUAGAAAACCCCCAGCUAGCUGACCAGAAGACCCUGGCCAAGCAUAUUUAUGAGGCUUACGUGAAGAACUUCAACAUGAACAAGGCCAAGGCUCGAACCAUUCUCACGGGCAAGACCAGCACUCCUCCUUUUGUCAUUCAUGACAUGGAGACCCUCCAGCUGGCAGAGCAGACACUGGUGGCUAAAAUGGUUGGCUCUGUGGGAGCGGUGAAGGACAAGGAGGCAGAAGUUCGGAUUUUCCAUUGCUGCCAGUGCACAUCAGUGGAAACCGUCACAGAGCUCACUGAGUUUGCGAAGUCCGUCCCCGGCUUCUCGAGUCUGGACCUCAAUGAUCAGGUGACUCUUUUGAAAUAUGGAGUGCACGAAGCCCUGUUCGCCAUGCUUGCUUCCAGUAUGAACAAGGAUGGGCUUCUUGUAGCAUAUGGCUCGGGCUUCAUCACCCGGGAAUUCCUCAAGAGCCUGCGGCGACCGUUCAGUGAUAUGAUGGAGCCAAAGUUCCAGUUUGCCAUGAAGUUUAAUGCACUGGAGUUGGACGACAGUGAUCUGGCUCUCUUUGUGGCUGCUAUCAUUUGCUGUGGCGACCGACCGGGCCUGGUGAAUGUGGCGCACAUUGAGGCAAUGCAGGAGAGCAUCGUACAGGUCCUACAGCUCCAUCUGCUGGCCAAUCACCCUGAUGACAUGUUCCUCUUUCCCAAGCUGCUGCAGAAACUAGCUGACCUAAGGCAGUUGGUCACUGAGCAUGCACAGCUUGUGCAGGAGAUCAAAAAGACAGAGGAAACCUCACUGCACCCACUCCUGCAGGAGAUCUACAGAGACAUGUACUGA